ACUCCACUCGCCUCCAGCAAGUAAAACCGCAUUUAUGGAGGGAUUAAAAAACCAAACACAUACAUAUAUGCAGUGGCUGCUGCUGAGCAGGCUGGGAGGGAACCAUUAGGGUUUCAAGAACAUGGAUACUCCUAAAUCUUGCAAAAUUGCCGCGACAACCUCUGCUGAAGCUGCCCCUGUUCAAGACUCUCCUGUUUUCAAUUUCAUUAGCAACCUUUCUCCCAUACAGCCAGUCAAGGCAUCGCCAGUUACACAAGGUUUCCCGGGACUCAAUUCUCCGCCUCUUGUGUUCACGUCACCCCGGCUCAGUUACCGCUACAAGCUAACAUCUAUUAAAAGGGCACGUCCUCCAGAUUAUGAUUUGCGUAGCAAGGAUAAUGUCAUUUCUAGUAAUGCAGCUGAAAAUCAAAGUGUUCCGUUGGCCACUGCGGAAGUUACUUGUGAUGAAAAAUACUCACAUAGCCAUGCCUCCAUGGAUGAUCAUACCGGAAGUCCUGAAGCAUGUACUGAUCUGUUCACGUGCGAUGAUGGGGACACGUGUCCUACUGAUCCAACCAUUAUGAUGGAUUCAUCUGUUAAAGAACCCGGGAAUGCUGACCUACCACCACUUGCUGUAACAGCAUUGAAUGAAUCUGAUGUAAAAUGCAGGAACCAAAACAAUAAAAGAAUUAGUGAGACAGCUGUUGGGCCUUCGGGCACAGUUAAGGAAAUAAAGGAGCUAUCUAUAAUCAAUACAGCAACAGAUACGAGUAUGAUAGAGAGUGAUAUAAAGCAGGAAGAUGAUGAGACUUCACUUGCCCCGCAUCUCAAGAUGAACUCUAAGUUACCUGUUGAUCAUGUUCGGAUAAAUCAUGACUAUAAAGCCAAAACUCGGUGCUUAGAAGUGAUGCAGAUUGGUGCCUUGGAUCAAUCCUCAAAUUUGCUCUCAGGAUCAGUGGAAACUAAGAAAGAUAAUGUAAACUAUGUUGAAUACACUGAAUCGGGGCCACAUAAUGAGGCUUUUCUAUACCGCCGUAGGCGUUGUCUUCAGUUUGAAGACACCCAGCAAAAAGCACUGUCAAAUCAGCUUGCUCAAAAUCCUUCAGACAUUGGAGUCCCGGAAUCAUUAUUCCUGGAAGUUCCAUUGAGUACCCACAAUGAGAGGCGUGCUGAACUGUAUCCCAAAAAUAUUAGAUCUGGCAAAAAUCCUCCCAAACCAUCAGGUAUUGGGUUGCACCUAAACAGUAUUGUGAAUGCUGGAUCUGAUGCAGUUGUACGGGUGCGAUCAGCUCAGCAGGUUAACCUUUGUGUAAGGGGAAAGAAGUUCAUAUCUUCAACCAACCCUAGUUUAUCUGAUAAUUCGAAUAGCUCUUCAGUAUCUCAUCAAGCACAGCAUGCUCCAGCAAGCACUGAUAACAAUCAGCAUGAAAUCCAUUCCUCAAUGGCAGCUAGUUCUGGUACUGCUUUGAUUGUCAGACCUUCUGAUAUUUUGAAUCCAAUGGAGGAUCACUCAACUUUAGGUAGUAAGAGAAACUACAGCGACAUAGAUGGUGGUUCUGACGAGUUUAUGUCUAGUUCCCCCCAAAAAAGGAAGAAAUUGUCAGAUUCCGGUGACGGUGAUGGUUGCAAACGGUGCAAUUGUAAAAAGAGUCGCUGCUUGAAGCUUUAUUGCGAUUGCUUUGCAGCGGGGAUAUAUUGUGCAGGUCCUUGUGCUUGCCAAGGUUGCUGUAAUCGACCUGAACAAGAGUUUACAGUUCUUGAGACACGGAAGCAAAUUGAAUCUCGGAAUCCUCUUGCAUUUGCUCCUAAAGUUGUGAUCAAUGAGGACAAAGGAAACCAUUUUACACCAUCAUCAUCAAGGCACAAAAGAGGGUGCAAUUGCAAAAAAUCCUUGUGUCUCAAAAAGUACUGUGAGUGCUUCCAGGCAAAUGUUGGUUGUUCAAGUGGCUGUCGUUGUGAAGGAUGCCAAAAUGUUUUCGGCCAGAAGGAAGCAUAUAUCACAGUCAGGAACACUGUAUGUGAAGAAGGUGCUCGUGAUACAAUGGAACAAUCACCUGUCGAGAAGGCUGUGGCAUCUGGAAAGGCUUUAUCUGUUAAUUUAGCAUCCGAUCCUCACAAUUUGACUCCUCUUACACCAGCACCUCAGUCCAAGCACAUCAAGGAAGGAUCCGAGUUGUGGUCCCAUUCCAGAAAUUACUUCCAGUCGCCGGAAUCAAGUCUCGCCCUUCUACCUCAGGAUAUGAUGUCUCCAGGGUCUCCCAGAAUUCCUUAUAAUGAUGACAUGACCUCAGAAGUUGCACCGGGAAUGAUGGAUCUGGUACCUUCCCGUCACCACAUAUUUUCUGAUAAACCAGAGCCUAUGCAUGAAGUCUCAACAAUUAGGCACAAGCCUCAGAAAAUGCAGAAUCUUUCUGCCCUGCCAAAUCCUUUGGAGUCAUCAAAUUAUUCAAGAAUUAGGCCCCUUAAAUGCCGGGGUUCUCCUAACACCCCUGUUUCCGUGGUUCAGAUAAGUGGCUCUAAAUAUCGGAAAAUGAUUGAGCGCAAUGGUGAAUUAUCAAACGUCUCCGAGGAUGAUACACCGGAUAUAUUGAAGGACAAUCCGACCCCUAUCAGUGCUGUCAAAGUCACCUCUCCUAACAAGAAGCGUGUUUCUCCUCCUCAUCGCCAGCAAGAGUUUGGCUCGAGUUCAUCGAUUGGUGUCAGAAGGUUUAUCUUGAAGUCUGUUCCAUCCUUCCCACCUCUUUCCCCGUGCACUGAUUCUAAAAGCAUUGUGCCUUUGAAGAUCAACGAUCCUCAGAACACUCAGCACCAAAACAAAUGAGAUUCCAGAACAUGCUAGAUGCUUCCUUCCCCAAAAUUGCUGCUGAUCAACCAUGAGAUCUCACGUGCCAGAUAGAGAAUAUGGGGAAAAGGGAUGAUGAUUCGAUUUUCAUGAGAGAGACACAAUACAAGAUAGAGAACCUGUCCAAUUUAUUACUACAAGACUACAUGGUAUAGGGAAUUCUUGGUCAAUUAUUCUUUCUAAUUUCAUUUGGAGAAGAACAUCCAUUCAGGAAGGAGACCCCAUUAGAUUGCUUUCUAUAGAUACAAAUUUUCAUCAUUUAUGGAUCAUCAUUACUUGCUAUUCUACAUUACUUUGGAUCUGAA